AUGGCUAGCAAAUUUUGUUUCGAAGCUCUUGAGAAGUCUUUGAGAGAUAUUAUGGGUCAUGACAAAGUUGCUACUAAGUCAACUUUUUUAACAAAUCUUAUUAUUUUGGAUGAGGCUCCAAUGGCUAGCAAAUUCUGUUUCGAAGCUCUUGGCAAGUCUUUGAAAGAUAUUAUGGGUCAUGACAAAGUUGCUUCUAAGUCAAUUUUUGGAGGAAAGAUUGUGGUGUUUGAUAGUGACUUCAGACAAAUUCUACCUGUUGUGCCUAGAGGAACCAGGUCUGACAUUGUCCAUUCAACAAUAAAUGCGUCAUAUAUAUGGGAUCACUACAAAGUUUUGACUCUAACCAAAAAUAUGUGUUUGCAAGUUGGAACAAACUUAACCAAUACGGAAGAAAUACACAACUUCCCUAAAUGGAUAUUACAAGUUGGAGAAGGAAAGAUAUCUGAACUAAAUGAUGGAUAUGUUGAAAUAAGUAUUCCACCUGAGUUACUUCUAACAUAUUUUGUGAACCCAGUUGAGAAGAUUGUUACAAGUACUUAUCCUAAUAUCCUUGAAAAUUACACAGACUCAAUUUUCCUUAAAAGUAGAGCUAUAUUAGCUUCAACCAUCGAGGCUGUGGAUGAAAUUAAUGAUUACGUCAUAAAUUUACUACCAGGUGAUGCAAAAGAGUUUUUGAGUAGUGACUCGAUUGAUCGAUGUGAAGCUAAUGACAAUGAUGGUUUUGAGCAUUUGACACAUGAAUUCUUAAGUUGUUUGAAAUGUUCUGAUUUUCCAAAUCAUUCAAUGCAGCUAAAAGUUAGGACUUGUAUAUAUCAUGUUGAUAAGAAAUUUGGAUCAAUGGAAGGUUUUUAUAAUGGUACAAGAUUGACGGUAACUAAACUUGCAAAUCAUGUCAUCGAAGCCAAGAUUAAAUCAGGUAUCCAUGUUGGUAAUACUAUUUAA